GUCGUGGAAGGAAAUGUCAGAAAUUAGAGGAGGAGAAAAUUUACGACGAAAAUUAUUUUUUCCUCUAUCCAAUCGUAAAUAUCGGUAAAAAAAUCGUAAAAUUGUGUUUUUCUGCAAAGUGCAUAGCAAAUUUAUAGCUAUUCUACAAAAAUAAAAAGGAUUUAUAUUGCAUAUAAUAAUUAAAUAAAAGUAAAUAGCUAUAACUUGCUACAGUGAAGUGAAGUGACACAGAAGUAACAUAGAAACGGAAGGAACAGUAAUAACAGCAACAAAGAAAAAGUGUAAAGCAAAACGAAAAAAAUUAAGUAAAUAGCGAAUAAAUUGAACUCUUUCCAAUAAAUAAUAUAACAUAAAAAAUGAACCGAAGUGAUGGUUUGGUGAGACGAGCCGUUAAAACACGGGAUAAUGGAGCUGAAGGUGGUGCCGCUGGCCUAAAUGCAAAUACAUCGGACGACGAUAACGAUUUGAAUAAUAGUAAUAAAGACCAAGAGGAUAAUAUAGAUGAUGGAGAUUCCAAACAGACACGUUUAACACUCAUGGAAGAAGUGUUGCUGUUGGGCUUAAAAGACAAGGAGGGAUACACAUCUUUUUGGAAUGAUUGCAUAUCGAGCGGUCUACGUGGCUGCAUUCUCAUUGAACUCGGUUUGCGCGGUCGUGUGAUGAUGGAGAAAACGGGUAUGCGUCGCCGCGGUUUGUGUUCCAGAAAACUCAUAUUGAAAUCAGAUCAGCCGACCGGUGAUGUGUUACUUGACGAAGCGUUAAAACAUAUUAAAGAAACAGAUCCACCAGAAACUGUGCAAAGUUGGAUAGAAUAUUUGAGUGGCGAAACAUGGAAUCCCUUGAAAUUGCGGUAUCAAUUGAAAAACGUACGUGAACGUUUGGCAAAGAAUUUAGUGGAAAAGGGCGUGCUGACAACAGAGAAACAAAAUUUUCUACUUUUCGAUAUGACGACACAUCCGCUAAGCGAUAAUGUGGUCAAAUGUCGUUUAGUGAAAAAGAUACAAGACGCCGUACUUUCCAAAUGGAUCAACGAUCCACAACGCAUGGAUAGACGUAUUUUGGCCUUAAUAUUUUUGGCGCAUGCUAGUGAUGUAAUCGAGAAUGCAUUUGCGCCGCUAAAUGAUGAUGACUAUGAAUUGGCCAUGAAACGUGUGCGUGAAUUAUUGGACUUGGAUUUUGAAGCGGAGGCGGCCAAACCGAACGCAAACGAAAUACUUUGGGCAGUAUUUAUGGCUUUCAGUAAAUAAGAUCCUGUUAAUUAUUAUGGGAUUGAAUGAUGAGCAAUCACGCUAUCUGCCAAUGCCACUUUUAUAUAUAUACAAGCAUACAUACACAAUAUAGUUUACAAAAAUCUAGUAGACAAAAACCAACAAAUGGAUUUUUCUAACAUAUGAAAAUAAUUACUAUCAUAAAUUUAUAUUAUAAAUAUGAUGUAUUUUAUUUUUUCUUGCGAAAUGCUACCACAUACAUAUACUUUUCCAUUAUUUACAAUUGUUGUGAAAGAUAAAAAAUUUAAAUAAUAAUAAUAAAAAUAUACAGCUAUACAUAGACACAUAUAAAGAAAAAAAAGAUAACAAUUUUGAAAUAAUGGAAAAAUAAGAAAAUUAGAGAGGUAAUAUUGCAUAAUAAAUAGUAUUUAAAAAGGAGUAAAUAAUAUUAACAUUGGUAAUAAACAACACAUAUAUUUGACAAAAAAAAAAAUGAGACGAUAAUUGCAAGAGUAAUAAAAUCAUAGAUAACAACACAAAACAAUAGGCAUUUUAUAUAGGUAAUAUUACAUACAUAUAUAUAUAUAUAUCGCAAAAAGAGUUUUAGUUUCACAAAGGCAUCACUAAAUUAAAAAUUUAGCAUUUGGUGAGCCAAGCUCGAAA